AAUUGAUGCAAGCCUUUUUUUGUUUGAUGUGUUGGCACUGUUGGGAAUCGGGAUCUUGGAAGUGAAUAAUACCUGAAUAACCUUCCUUGGCCUGAGGAGGCUGAGGUGUCCGUCAAGCCACACCAUCCUGGAGCCGAGCGACGUUAGACCUACCACGUCUUCACGUGAACCCGCGGAAAGCUCCCUUCGAUCGCUUACGCAACUGUGCGUCUUCAUCUUCUUACCAGAUUCUGCACGGCAAACCGACGCAUACCACCACCUACUGUCCUUCAGCAUACCACGCAGGCCAACAGACUGCCUGUCGCACAUACAUAUACCCGGCCAAUUCUGCUAGCACAUUACCUUAGGAGCAUAUCGGACUCAUCGGAGCAGGCACUGCCGUUUGCGAGCCCAAAUCUGGAUGUGGCUUAACCUCGAUCGUCACUACUUGCUGUCUACCGCGCCAUUACCUUAUUGGAUUUCUAUUGUGCUGCCACGACCACAACCUCUGCGCACCAGAACUCCCUCCCACCUGACCGUGACCUGACCAGACCGCCCCAAUACCUGAGGCUCAUCACAUACAGCGAAACACCUCCUACUACUGGACCCCGUCCCGAGACGAGCCGCAUAAGCACGAUCGGCCAUCAGGCCGCCUACCUUCAUUCACCAUGUCCGCAGAUCCAAAGUCACCAAUCGACUCGCUGCCCACUUCACCCGACGAGCUUCCCUCGCCGCUCGAGAAUCCGGACCUUCCGCCAGUCUCUCCUCCCAUACAACGAAUGGUAUCCGAUACCAGUGUUCCUCCCAGCAUGGCAGGCAUAACGGCCUCUUCGACAUCGCGGGGUCAAUUAGAUGCAGCACGGAGGCCGACAGGCGCCACUUUUGCCAGGGGAAACCCCCCAGCCAUGAACCCCGACAUUGCUGCUCGCCUAAAGGCGUUCUCGCUAGCAAGAUCAGGGCCUGCUUCACCUCUGCCGAAUCGCAAUCCGCUGGGUGCUGGGCCGCCUGCACCUGGUGGUAGCGCUGGAGGAGGAUUCCCUUCGAAUUUCAAGCUUCCGCCCGGGAUGAAUAGGCCCACACCAACGCCGAUGCAUUCCUCGCCUGCAGUUCCGGGAACUACUAAGCCUAUGUCCAUGGCAGAGAGACGAGGGAUGAAAAUGCCCGGGGCUCUUCCCGGCUCAGCUGCACCAACUGGCAGGAAAAAGCCAGCGGGAAUGACGCUCACUAGUAUGGGUGGUGGAGAUCCCAAUGGUGACGCCUCCGAGCAGGAGCCGAAAAAGCAGGAGACUGCAAUGGACAAGUACGCGGACAUGAUCGACACCAAGACGGGUGCGUUGAUCUUCAAGAACAAGGCGACUGUGCAUGGUGGCGGCAUAGACUUUACUUCUGGCAAGAGCUUCAGCAUAAGUCUGGAUGAAGUGGACACUCUAGACGAGCUGGGAAAGGGCAACUACGGCACAGUAUACAAAGUGAGACAUUCGCGGCCCAAAUUCAGGAAGACAGGCCAGGGCCUGGCAGGAAACAAGGCACGCGGACCGAACGCCGACGGAGAGCAAUCGCCCUCGUCUCCCACCAUGCCUGCACAUGCCACUUCGCAGCAGGCACCCGGACGAGGCGGUACCACAGGCAUCGUGAUGGCCAUGAAGGAGAUGCGACUGGAAUUGGAUGAUGCCAAGUUCCAGUCUAUUAUCAUGGAGCUUGACAUUCUUCAUCGAUGCGUGUCUCCAUACAUUGUCGACUUCUAUGGCGCCUUCUUCCAGGAAGGCGCUGUAUACAUCUGCAUGGAGUUUAUGGAUGGUGGAAGUUGUGACAAGAUAUAUGGAGAUGGUGUGCCCGAGGGCGUCUUGAGGAAGAUCACCUAUUGCACGACACUGGGACUCAAGUCAUUGAAAGAAGAACACAAUAUUAUCCAUCGAGAUGUGAAACCCACCAAUAUUCUCAUGAACACACGGGGACAAAUCAAGGUGUGUGAUUUUGGUGUGUCAGGGAACUUGGUGGCAAGCAUAGCCAAGACGAACAUUGGGUGUCAGUCAUACAUGGCCCCGGAGCGGAUUUCGAGUGGUGGAGGUGGUGCUCCUGGCGGCGCUGUGGGAACUUACAGUGUGCAAUCCGACAUCUGGUCCCUUGGCCUGACCAUUAUCGAAUGUGCACUGGGAAGAUAUCCUUAUCCCCCCGAAACCUAUGACAACAUUUUCUCACAACUUGCCGCUAUUGUUGACGGCGAACCACCUGAUCUUCCUGCCGAUACAUUUUCCGAAGCUGCACGAGACUUCGUAGCAGGCUGUUUACACAAGAUUCCCAACCUCAGGCCCACUUACCCGAUGCUCCUGCAGCAUGCAUGGCUUGCUCCGUUGGUGAAGCCAACGACCAUCACGGAAGAGGAUGAAGAUGCUGAGGCUGCCGCCGAGGCCGCCGCUGCGGCAGGUGAGGACAUUCCUGAGCCGAACUCAGAGGCAUUGAGUCAGCCGGUAGCAGAUGAAGGAGGGUUUGUGGAUCGAGAGGUGGGCGAAUGGGUCAUGGAAGCGCUCAGGAAGAAAAAGGAAGGGACACUGGGGCAGCACGCCAAACCUGCUUUACAUGCAGCUCCGUUGGAUGCCACUGCCAGCCGGUAAUGCAAGCCUGGGGCCAACAAGGUAGAAGCUCGAUGAUGGCUUUAUUGAGAAACCUCACCAGGACAUACGACCUGAUAUGCUUUACGCAACCAAUGAACUGGUCUCCGGAUGUGAGCAGAAAAAGAACGCUGGUCUCGUUACAAGUUCGCCUCCGAUGGCGAGAAUGGCGGAGUGAUGGGAUGAUAGAGCACGAGGAAGCGGGUCACUGGAUGACCAGCAGCGAUACAGUAGCAGAGUGAGUGGGACAGUGUGUACAUUUUGUAGAUGGCAAGCCUGAGUCGGCUGCAGUAAGGGUAGACGCACACGUUGAGAGGUAUGAAACAUGAAAAUGAAAACCUGGGAGUACCUGAAGCAAC